AUGGAUCUUGCAGCUUCUCCAGGUGGAUCAGAUCAAAAUUGCGCACAUGCUUUUCAUGCCUGUGCUGCUUCAGCUGCUCUUGCUGCACCUGCCGCGACACGCAGUGCUGUACUCCGCCGACCUGCAGCUGUCCAAAGACCCCUUCGUGCAGCAGCAGCAGCUGCUGCAGCCCCGGCUGCUGCACCUGCAGCCUUCCCAGCUGCAGCUGCAAGCCGUCAGGCUGCGGCCAUUGCCGACCCCAGUGCCAGUGCAGCAGCUGCUGUCCUAGUCGUUGCAGCUGCGCGGGCUGCCCGUGCUCCUGCUCCUGUCCCCCGUGCUGCACCGGCUGCUUCUCCUGUGCGGGGUGCUCGGCCGGCUGCCUCGGCGCCCUCAACCGGUGUCUCGGCUGCCUGUCGUCGUGCUGCAGCGGGAUGCGACCUUCCUGCUGCAAGUGCCAGUCGUCGUGCUGCGAGGCAGGGUCGUCCUGCCGCGGCACCGGCACGGGAGAGUGCUGCCGCGGUUCGUGCCUCAGUGCCCCUGCCCCGGCGGCGCCGUCGUGCCCCGAGUGCUCCUGCGGCUGCGUGUGCUCCUGCUCCAGGUACAAGGGAGGAUGCCGAUGCCCGUCCUGUGGCAAUAAUCCCUGCUGUGCCGGUGGAUGCUUAUGCUAGAUUAGAGUAUUACUAG